UGAUUCUGUGCACAGGGGGUUUGGAUGUGUGUCAUUUUCAGGUUGUAAUAAUAUGCUUUCACACUUAGAAGUGUGAAGUAGAAAAACACGUGGACUCUCUUACAACAGCGUUUUGGACUGUCAGAGUAAAAAAUGCGUUUUUGUCUGUCAGAGACGCGAAGCUCAGAAAAAGCACCACAUUUAUACAGUUACAGCAGUUUUCAGACCGGAGUGUCGGUUUAUUACAGUGAACCGCAAACACUGAAUUAACAUUUCGGACUGAAAUUGAACUACAGGAACAACCCAGACAAUAGCGAGGAGCUUGGGAACAAGCUAACCGGCUAACGUUAGCUAUAAUCCUGUAGUUAGUGUUCACCUUCUCUGAUCGUGCUAAGGAUUUCUACAUGUAAUGAACUGUAAUGGAGCUCAUUUAAAUCACUACCGCUCUAAAGUUAUGGAGUUAAUUUAUUUGGCGAAAGUUACAAAUAAUUUAAUUAAAUCAAACGCAAAGGACAUCAAAAAUUAAAAACAAAACGUUUCGAAUGCAAGCAGUGAGAACAUAAUUUUUUUUAUCUUAUUGGUUACAUUUAUUUUAUUUAUGUAUUCCUGGCUUUCACGUGGUUUUUUUCUUCAGUAUUUCUUUACAGGCUUUUAAAUCGGGGGCGUGUCUUAGAAGUCGUUCACCUACAUUUUUUUCUAUUGGUCAACUGAUUUAGGAGUGGGAGGAGCUCUGGGCUUUAGCCCCGCCCGUUCCAUUAAUAGUGGCCCGGCGUCUGAGAUGGCGGAUUGCACUGAGGCGCGCGCAGCAGAAGCCCUGGAGACGCAUUUAAGAGCUGAGGAAAAAACUAAACUAACAGAAAUAUUUAACAUAUUUCAAUUUCGAGUUUUAAUGCACUUGUCUUUAGUUUACCCGGUUUUUAUUUAUUUAUUUUUACUUUUUUUGUUCCAUAUUGGAAAGAUCUAGGUCGUGCAGAUGGCGCCAUGAGUGUGUCCGUUCCGUGCUUUCCUGCUGAACCUUAUCAGAACCAUUUGGCCGAUUUAAUUAUUAAGUCUGCAUUCGAUCAAAAUCCGGCCUUAGAGAUUAAACCUUUUGUGUUUAGGACCGUUCCAUCAUGCCAGUUGAACUGGCGAUGCCGCUUUAUCUGUCGAUCGAUGACUUCCAGAACAGGAUGUCUGCGAAGUGCAAGAUGCCCCUGCGUCCGUGUCUGCACACGAGUCCGGUCGCUCAGUUCAGCUUCCACUCUCCUCCUCCGCAGCAGCUCGAGCCCCGGCGGCAGGAACACAGAAAGGCCAAAAAGCAAGUGACCUUUGCUGACCACAAGGGCCUGGCCCUCGCCGUGGUAAAAAUUUUCUCUGAGUUUGACGACCCCAUCGAUAUCCCACUCAGCAUCCAGCAGCUGUUUGCUUCUGCACUCAACGUCUCGGAGGAGGACGACAAGCUGCUGCUGGACUUCAAGCAGCCGAGCGCGGAUUACCUGCAGUUUCGCCAGCGGCUAGAGCAAGACUCGGUCUGCCUCGAGCACUGUGUCCUGAAGGACAAGGCCAUAGCGGGGACGAUCAAGGUAAAAAACGUGUCCUACGAAAAGGCUGUGAAGGUGCGCAUCACGUUCGACACGUGGAAGAGCCACACCGAUGUUGACUGCCAGUAUGUCAAGGAUACGUACGUGGGCUCUGAGUGGGACACCUUCUCGUUCGAGGUGAAUCUACCGGCCCGGCUGGAGCCACUGGAGCACGCCGAGUUCGCUGUGUUUUACGAGGCAAACGGGAACACGUACUGGGACAGCAACCAGGGCCAGAACUAUAAAAUCAUCCACGCUGCUCUGAAGAAAACCAGCCUGAGCGACGCGAGCAGCGGACAUCAUCACUGCAGUGAGGGGGAGGUUUACUUUGAUCCAUUUGGCAGCCCUCGGUGCUCGAACGGCAUAUUCACCGGGUACGAGGACCUCUGCCCUUAUUAUUGACUCACGUGUCAAGCGACCUUCAUCUAGCAUAGACCUGCGAGGAAGUGACUGUUUUACAUUAAAGGAAUAUUUUGUGCAAAAUAUUUAAUCUAGACAAUUUCCCCCGCCUCACAAUAUAGGCAGCCAGUGAGGACAAGUUUCCUGUCAAGCUUGUGUCUGUAGUUUUGCACUGGAACUGAGUUUAAGAAGUAAUGGAAGCAAAUGGCCACUAGUUCAGCAUCAUGGCAUCUGCAUGUCUCAAAACUACUGCAUGGUUACUUACGCUUAUUUUCAUUUUAUGAAGCUGUUCUCAGGAAAAAAUGAGCGAUUAAGACACCAUGCUUUUUUGCACUCUGCUAAACCGCUAGCCAUACGCUUCCUUUAAUCAAGUAUGUCAAACAUGUCUCUACUGAUCCGACUUUUUUCUUUUCAGGACAAAACUGAACCACCCUCCAUGUUCGAAUCGCAUGCACCGUACAAACAUGCGAAAUGUUUGUGCUUCUGUGGGAUGGAGUUUAGUUUGCUGCUACCGUUUGUGCAACAACAAGGACUGUUCAAUCAAGCGAUCGCUGGAAAAUGUCGGAUCUUUAGUAGAAAAGCACACACGUGGAAUACGAGAGAAAUCUUGACUAGAAUUAAUAAAUUAUUUUCAUACGCCGAAAGAUGUUUGUAUAUCCUGACCCGCUUUUAUUGCCAACCACAGUUCAAAACCGUCCGAAUGUGAAGCUAUAAAAUAAUAAUGGUCAAAAUAUUCAAAGCCAUGUUUGUAUGUUUAUUUGUGUUAUUUUGUGGACUUGUUAUGCAAAGUGUUAUGUGAUUAUGAAAUGGAAAUGGCCACUUGGGUCGGUGUUAUGAAGUUUUGUUACUACAUUCGAAAGAAACCCAGCCUUUCGACUUUAAUUUCUAAAAAUCUAAUUUUAGGCAUUAACCCAUAGCAUCAUCCCUUUUUAGAAACUAUUUCACUUGGACUUGGAUUCCAGGAGCAGUGUUUUAUGCCACCGUUUUGUCAUUUUUAUCAGGUUUUUGUUCCUUUAUUAUGUGGGUGAAUGUUAGAUUUAUUUGUUUUUUCUGCACACCUCACCUUGUACAAUUGUUUUGUAAGUGUUUGGGGAUGUUCAGUUAAUGCUUUUUAGUGUUUUAAGUCACUGCUGUUGAAUAAAGAGUUGUAGUUCUAAUGUAA